AAGUCCCCUCUUCUCUCUUAUGCGUGCUUCUCUUUCUCUCUCUACGAUACAGCGAAACCAGAAGCCUCGCAUCUCGUCCUCACAAUUCCCGGCGACCUCCUCACCCUAGUCGAACGCCGCGAUUCCGUAUCCCCCCUUUCUUCUCUCCAGAUCCGAUCUCCCCCAAUCCGGCAAAGGCCGCUGCCUCCUCCGCCUCUUUUUUUAUUCCUUACACAUUAAGGUGCCAACAACCAAUUCAACUGCUUUGUGUGGAUUUGAUUAUGUCGUCAGCUCAAGACCCUUUUUACAUUGUCAAAGAGGAGAUUCAGGAUUCUAUUGAUAAGUUUCUCCAAACCUAUAACCAAUGGGAACGGAUGCCUUCUGAUAGUGGGGAGAGGAUACGCCUCACUAAGGAGAUUCUUACUGGAUCUGAGAGCAUUGAAUGGCAGGUAGAUGAGUUGGACAAGGCAAUAACCGUUGCAUCUAGAAAUCCUGCUUUGUAUGGUAUCAAUCAAAUGGAGCUUGAUAGUCGAAGAAGAUGGACAAGCAAUGCUCGCGAUCAGGUGAAAAGUGUCAAGAAAUCAGUUGUAUCUGGAAAGGAGUUGAAUGACACUAGCACAUCUAAUUUCAGUGAAAUGCGCCGCGAGCUUAUGAGACUGCCAAAUCCUCAUCAUGCUGAUCAAUCACAAAAGUACAAUGCAGAUAAUGAUGAUUUCAUAUCAUCAGAAUCUGAUAGACAAUUACUUCUCAUGAGGCAACAAGAUGAAGAGCUAGAUGAACUUAGUGCCAGUGUGCAAAGGAUCGGAGGUGUAGGGCUUACAAUACACGAAGAGCUCCUUGCACAGGAGAAAAUUAUCGAUGAACUUGGCAUGGAGAUGGACAGCACGUCAAACCGUCUUGAUUUUGUUCAGAAAAAGGUUGCUGUGGUUAUGAAGAAGGCAGGCGCCAAGGGCCAGAUCAUGAUGAUCUGUUUUUUACUCGUCUUGUUCAUUAUUCUAUUUGUGCUGGUCUUCUUGACAUAGGCAAAGGUCAAUUGAGCUGAAUACGAGGAGAGAGCGUUCUUAGAAUAAGUGGUAUAUUUCACUUUUGUUGUAAAUGUAUUCCUUGUGAGUGGACAUCAAGAACUAUUGUUAGAGGCAUCAUCCAUACUCAAUGGGAUUUGAUUAGUGAUCAUAAGUUUUUAUAUCAGAUGGUGUUUAUUCCUA